AUGUUGUAUUUCAUCGUCUUCAUCUUAUUGUCUUCAAUAUCGACUCAACUUGCCGAUGGUCUGGUGUGUGCCACUAAUUGUGAUUACUCCAGUAAUCUCGAACAUAUAGUAUUACCAUCUUGUAAUACUACCGAUAAACCUGUUAGUGAACAAAGUUGCCGAGUUUUAUUAGAUAUUGAUUAUAUCACUGGUGCGGUUACUGGACAAUUUAAUCCUACAAAACUACCAAAAUCUGCUAAUUUCGCUGGACUAACUGCUUUCUCACUUUAUAAUGAAUCAGUGACUCUAAGAAUCGAGUUUGAUUGUUUCACAUCAGAUGAAUGUGAUUUAUUAUUUGCUAAAAAUGUUUUAAAUAGUAACUGGACCGAAGUUCAAACUGAAGUAAAAAGUUUAAGAAGUGAUUUAGCUGAUAAGCUCUUUAAUUCGACGGAUCUACGACCUAAUGAUACUUGCACAAAUAAUCAACCAUGUUCAGGUGAAGGAUUCUGCCAAACAGAUUUUCAGUAUUGGUCAGAUACUGCACAUCCCGCAAUCAGGAGUACAUGUGCAAAUUCGACAGAACAGCCAAUUCUUAAUUGGCUUGAAGCACUAGAUCAAGCUAAGGUAGGUGACAUUCUGCUGUAUACCUGCAAUACACCUAAAUGUGCAUCACAAAAUUCAGUUCUAAGUGUGGUUCGAGUGAUUUCAGAAAAAUAUGCUUUACCAUUUAAUGUGACAAUACCAAUAACAACGACUACUAUCACUACCACGACCACCACCACACCGGCCUCUACCAUAUCAACGACAUCAACAACAUCGACACGAAAACCUUGGUUGACUAUUCAUUUUCCACCACGACGAGGAUACUACUGGUAUCAAUUAGAUUAUAAAUUUUCUCAUCAUCCAUAUAUUAUUCGUAUUCAAAAUGUUUAUCGUAAAUUAAGGCCGCGUGAAUUCUUGCAAAAUACUUUUAAAAUUUAA